GGAGCUAGGAGCUGGGCCCGGCUUAGUCUGCGCGCUUCUGCCGGUGGCCCUCUUUCUUUGGCCGCCAGCCGGAGCCAUGGGCUGCCGGGCUCUCCUGCUCCUGCCUUUCCUAUCACUCGGGGCCGCCACAGCCAUCCGGACUGGGUUAAAGACCCUCGGCAGCCUGCACUUGCCAACCAACCCCACAUCAGACCCUGCUAUAACCAGUAGAUACUCAGUUUUUUACUUCCAACAGAAGGUUGACCACUUUGGGUUUUCUGACACAAGAACUUUUAAACAGCGGUACCUAAUAUCUGAUAAGCAUUGGAAGUCAAAUGGUGGAUCGAUACUUUUCUAUACUGGUAAUGAAGGGGACAUUGUCUGGUUUUCCAAUAACACGGGGUUCAUGUGGGAUGUGGCUGAGGAGCUGAAAGCUUUGCUGGUGUUUGCUGAGCACCGGUACUAUGGGGAGUCCCUGCCCUUCGGCGAGGACUCAUUCAAGGAUUCCCAACACCUGAAUUUUCUGACAUCGGAGCAGGCUCUGGCUGAUUUUGCAGAGUUAAUCAUACACUUGAAAAGAACAAUUCCAGGAGCUGAAAGUCAACCUGUCAUUGCCAUCGGGGGCUCUUACGGUGGCAUGCUUGCAGCCUGGUUCAGGAUGAAAUAUCCUCAUAUAGUAGUCGGAGCCCUUGCAGCCUCUGCCCCUAUCUGGCACUUUGAGGGUUUGGUUUCCUGUGGUGACUUUAUGAAGAUUGUAACUAACGAUUUCAGGAAAAGUGGUCCACAUUGUUCGGAGAACAUCCGUAAAUCCUGGCCUGCCAUUAACCGACUCUCAAGUACAAGCAGUGGUCUCCAGUGGCUCACGAACACUCUUCACCUAUGUACGCCCUUAACUUCUGCGGAUGUGUCCACUUUGAAAGGAUGGAUAACUGAGACCUGGGUGAACCUGGCCAUGGUGAACUACCCUUAUGCAACCAACUUUUUAGAGCCUUUGCCUGCUUGGCCUAUCAAGGCAGUGUGCCAAUAUUUGAAACAUCAUAAUGUGUCUGAUACAGUGCUGCUGCAGGAUAUUUUCCAGGCUCUGAGUGUAUAUUAUAAUUAUUCAGGCCAAGCAAAAUGCCUGAACAUUUCACAAACCAGCACUAGAAGUCUAGGCUCUGUGGGCUGGAGCUUCCAGGCCUGCACAGAAAUGGUCAUGCCCCUUUGUAGUAAUGGUGUCGAUGACAUGUUUGAACCUUAUUUGUGGAACUUGGAGAAGUUUUCCGAUGACUGUUUUAACCAGUGGGGUGUGAAACCAAGGCCUCAUUGGAUGAUUACCCUGUACGGUGGCAAAAACAUCAGUUCACACUCCAACAUAGUUUUCAGCAAUGGUGACUUAGACCCGUGGUCAGCAGGUGGAGUAACCAAAGACAUCUCAGACACCCUGGUGGCUGUUAACAUCCCCAAUGGGGCCCAUCAUUUAGAUCUUCGAGCCAACACUGCCUUUGACCCUUCCUCUGUGCUGUCAUCUCGCUUAUUGGAAGUCAAACACAUCAAGAAAUGGAUUGCAGAUUUCUAUGGGAAUGCCAAAUUGGCAGGCCUGAGCAACUUUUAAAAAAAUAUUCUUUUGUUUUAUGUUUGCUACACCCACAUUCCCACUCACUUUGGUUUUCCUUAUGUAAUUGCUUUCCCUCUUUUGUCAUUUGUUGGGCCAAGGUUGAGACAAGAUAGUGACAGGGGUGGGUGCAGCCAUCCCACCCUGGUGGCUGCUCCAUCUUCACUGGCGUGGUUCCUGACUGCCAUUCACCAGGAGAGCCUGCUCUCUCACAAGUGGGGAACGUUUCCUUGGUUUUCAGGUUGAAGUCUCUCUGGCCCAUUGUACGUCCCCACUCCUGCCACAAAAGGGAAAGCAGAAGCUGGAUUAAAAAGGCUGCAGCUGCAGCCCGUAGGAUGUGUGAUGCCGAUCCAGGAAACGGGGCCGCUUCCUUUGUACUCCGUGAUUGACUUUGAACUGUGCUGCAAUAAAGAACAAGGCAGGCCUA